CUAAGCUCAAGAUAAAAGCAAACAAAAAAGCAUGCCGACAUCUGUAAUGAAACUUAAAGGAAACCUGAUUUGUUAAUGUGUCUGACAUUACCAUACUUUGAUCUGAAGCAAUCAUACUAUUGCUCUUAACUUCUAACGUGUUUCAACUCAAAAGCAUCAUUUUUUUAUAGUUCGUCUCAAAUGAUAUGGCCAAAUCCAUCCCUAAUAUUGCAUACUAUGCAAUGAAUGUUUAUUUUUACUGCAAAUUAGUAUUGAGAAUGUAGGUAUCUGUGUACAUGUGUGAGAAGUUUCUUCAGUAUGUGAGGAGUAGCACAGAAAAAAUGGUGUACCCUUUCUUUGAAAAUCUCAACAAGCAGACCCUGGAUGCCUAUCCCAGGUAUAUGAUGUCUCAUUUUAUUUUAUUUUUUUAAAGCAAUUUUAAAAUGCGUCAUCAGAAUUUGUAGUUCACAUGGCAGGUUAGGUUAAAUGUGAAUUUUCAGGAUGCUCAAAUGUGUGUUUCAAAAUCAUGUUUUGGGCUAUGGUCUAUUCUUCGUGAGGUAGAAGUACUUUGUAAUUAGUCAUUGGAGCUUUGCUGCCACCCUGUGGAAGUCAGGAUGCAUGAAUAGAAAAUCAGAUCCCUAAUUUCGGGAAGGCCAAUGUUUUCUUUUUCGUUUUGACCAAGAAAAUUCCUUACCUACUUGCCUUACUCUGAUCUAAAGUAGAUGAGCUGUUUUUUGUUUUGUUUUGUUUUCUUACUGGAUCAACUUGGAAAAGGUGCUUUGUUUCCUACAUGUGACUGCAUCUAGAGAUCAAAGCAGCAUGCCCUAAUCAGUCACUGUAUAGUUCUACAAUAACAGUAUUUUUUUUCUUUCCCAUCUCAUCAUUUGGUCAAUGGAAAAGGCUGCCUCCCUAUUUCUAUUUAGCUUCCUCUUUUGUGGUGAAGACUAAAUUUCUGUCCCACGUGUCUUGAACUACUUUAAGUCAGUCAUAUUGUUGCCUUAGCUGUGAGAGUUUGGGAUUGAUAGACUCCCCCACUUCCAUUAAUUUAUUUUCACAUGUCAUAAAUUAUGGGUGCCUUGUGCUUUUUCACUAGGAUAUGUACCUAUGAUCAAAAGGUGUUUCAUCUUUCAUAAUUUUAGUUGGCUUGAGUAUUAAGCAGCAAUUCUUCUGCCUAUUUGAUGACUGUUUAAAAUCCAGAUGUGAGCAAGCUGAUGGAAUUCUUUUAGAGCUGUGAGACUGUCCUAAUGGGUGAUUUCCUCUGUAGAAUUUUGUCCUGUGUGCUUUUAUUCCUGGUGACUUUCAGGUAGAAAUUGAACCUUGAAAUCUUAGUUAUGCUUUUAAGAAAUGUUGCUUUCUUGAAAACUGGGCUCAAAACUCUUCAAAGUCCUGCUUCAAUUCCAAGUCCUGCAACAUUAAUUAAGACUCCAAUUGUUGGUGAUUUCACAUCUUUCUGUAGUAGCUUUAAGACUUGUCAAAAAUCACCUGGUUUGGAUCUGUUUUAUUAAGGGAACACGGAAACUGAUUCGUUUUGCUGACUAGAUGCAAGCCAUUAGUAGAAUAAAUGGCUUGACCAGUUUGUGGAAUGCUCUGUUAGAGCUGUCUUUAAAAGCACAUUAGAAAAAUCAGUCAGGAAGGAGAAUGAGAUCGUUUAUGAGAUGGGCCAGUGCAGGACCUAGCUGACAUCUUGAAGUCUUUUCCUGUCUUACAAUAACUUGUCCCAGCUCUGCAUAUUUCAAAUGAAGUACCAGAGCCUAUGUUAUUUUGUAAUGAAGAGUUAAAUAAUAUUAAGAUUUGCAUGGGGCUAUAGGUCUUUCCUUUUUUAUUAAUAUUUAUUUAUUUAUUGUUAUGUCAACUCUAAUUCAGUAGGACAGAAUGUAGAAAUUAGAAGUCAUUUCUGGAGUGAUUAAGGAAGCUGUGGCUGGCUGGCUAUACCUGCAAAAUCAUAGCUAAAGAAAAAUGACAUGGUGAGAAAUGUGGUUGAAAUCUUAUCUCUGAGUUGCCAAAAUACGUCAGUUUAUCAUUUACUUACGGAUUUCUUGGGAAAAUUGUGGGGAAAAAAAAUCAGAUUAUCUGUUGGGGGCAAAAGUGUUGCUUUUUUUUUUUUUUACUGAAAGUAUUGUAUCUAAUAAAAUUGUUACAAUUUGUUGUGCAUCACACUAGCAUGCUACAAACUGCUGCUAAUAAAUAUGUUGUCAGGACAGAAAGGGGCUUUAAGAACUGCAUUGUUUCUUCUUCGUUCACACAUCUUAGCAUGUGUACACUUUUUUUUUUCCUAAUAUAUUGGUUGUAGUUCAAAUGUGACUUUUAAAAUCUGUGACCAAGAAAGGUUUUAUGGUGUUUGACUUUCCUUCCUGCCCCAACCCCUCUCCAGCACAUAACGUUAGAAGAAGUCCAGUUGGUGAAGCAUAAUGAAAUAGAUGAAGUAUUGUAUUUGUUGGCUUUUAUGAAUAAGCUAGUAUUCGUUUACUGCUGCAUUCUAAUCAUGGAAUUCAGGUAAUGGAGGUUAAGUAAGCCCUGGAGUAUAAUUAGAAAACAAAUUUGUUGCUUGCAAACAGAGUACUGUGAAUUCAAUUCUUGGCUCUUAUUUGGGAAGGAGGUUUAAAUGUUAAUUUUAUUGCCUUCUAGCUUAAAAUACAGCAAAGGUUAAAUAAAUAUGGAACAGAAAAAAAAUCUAGUAGUAUGACCUAUAAAAGUAUAAAUGGCCUAGUGUUCUCUUCUGUUUGCACUUUUUCAGCGGCACUAAGUAAUUUCAUGUUAGUGUGGUAGUGUUUAGUACUGCAUCAUAUAUGGCUUCUGUGUUCAAAAGCACGUUCAUAACCAAAUAUGUUUAAAACACAAAAAAAUACGCUUAACAGUAAGAUUGUCUUUUUUCAAAAGUCCCACUAGAUGCCAGCAAAGGACCUCUUCAGAUAAUAUAAGACAGUGAAACAUCUGUAGGAAUUCUCAGUACCAUUAUUCUUACAGGAAUUGACAAUAUAUUCAUUUCUUUGUGCUGUUCAUUUUGAUAAUUUUAUUGGAAAAUAAAUUAGUAGUUAGCUAUGAGUAUAUGAAGUGGUUUGUUUAUAAUAUACAGAAUAGGUUUCUUUUGUAAUUGUGCUCUGUAACCAUAUUUAUCCUAGUACGUAAUUCUCUUGGUGUUUCGUAGUUUAUGUAGCUGGCCAUAUAUUUGCAUGUCAUUAUCAAACAGUAAUGAAUGUUCACUUAAUCUGGACUUCAAGCAAACAAGAUGGUAGCUUGCAAGAAUAUUUUUAUUUCUUUCUACCUUUAACAGCUGUAAUUUGGAAAGGUUAAAAUAUUAUUUAACAUGGUAGGCUGAAAGUCAGUGCUGAAUUAUUAAUCAGGAUAACUUGUUUCUAAUUCAGUUGCAUCUCACUAAAAAUAUUAACUAAUUGGCAGGAGAGCUUUUUAACGUGUGCAAAUCUUUACAAACUGUGAUUGGUUAACAACGUGUAGAUUGUUAGAUAAUGUCAGAUUUCUUUCAAGUUUUAUUUAAAUAGAGUAGAAAAACUUUUAUUUUUUUGAGGGGAGAAGGGUUAUUUCCCUGGUUUAUGCAUAAGUCAGACCUCAGCAGUUUGCUAGCAUGGUUACUAUUUGGAAAUUCAAUCCUAGACUUGAUACUCAAUUAUAUGGGAUUUCAUUCCUACCAACUUCCUGUAAUUCUAAACCUAUGGGUAAAAAUAUUAGUAGUCAUACGCUGCUGAGGAAAGUACGGACACAUUGACUCAGCUAGUGCAGCUGCAGCAGGCGUUGCUGUUUUAAACUUGAAAAUACUGGGAGUUUAUUAUAUUCAUUUUUGCAAAUUACAGAAGGUAUAAUUGAAACAAGGUUGGUAGUGUUUGUCAGUGUGUUGCAGCUGAGGUCGUUGGAACAUAAGUGCUUUAUAAAUGAGUGCUUUCUGACUGCAAGCAAUCAAAGACGGUCCAGAAACUGCAGUUCAACGAAUGGCUGACUUAUUUCAAGAGGUACAGUCUUUUUUUUUAACGCUAGUAUCUUGUAGAAAUUAGGACAAAGCUUGCUACUUCUAUGAGCUUUUACUGUUGCGAUGUACUAGCUCUAGGUUCUGUGCAGCUGCCUGUAGCCUUCCCGCUGAAGGAUUUUUCUGGUUUUCAUUCACUAACAUGCGUGGAAAUGAGAACAAAUGGCACGACGGUUAAGACUGCAUUUUGCAACUCAAAGAAGUAACACAGAUCCGCUAUCAGAAACCUCCGAAGAUGUUUUGGAUAGUAACCAUCGAAUGUACUUCAAAAGGAUACAGAACUCUGAACCUAAUGUUGCACAAAUGAACCUGACUCCUAGACAAGUUGCUUGUGCACCUGUAAUGCAGCAAAUAAUUAAUCAAGAGAGAAAGGCAAAUAUUUCUUCACUGCAAAAAAAAAAGAGCACCUCACUGCAUAUUUCUCUACAGUCUAGAAAGCAUAAUGGAUAUUUUCGGUCUGGUGAUGGCGAAGACACUUCAUUCAUCAGUAUUGGGAAUGAAGGAAGUUGUGGCACUAGAAUUGUGGUUGAUCAUCCAGCUAAUGACAGCCAUCUGAGCAAUAGCGCUGCAUGCAGUGGCAGUCUUAGCAGUAUUGCAGCCAGUGACAAUGGGUCCUUGAGCAGUGCUGGCAGUGACUAUGGAUCAUGUACAAGUACCACGAGUGAUGGAGGUUCAUACAGUAACAGUGUCAUCAGUGACAGUGGUAGUGGCACUCCUUCGACGAGCGAUGGCACUUACUGUAGCGGUGUUGAUCAUGGUGACUUUUCAUAUGGAAACAUUUCUAACAAGUGUAAUCCCUAUAGAAACAACUCACCUCAGGAAGAAGUACAGGUGUGUAGAAGUAAUACUACUUUUGACCAAGAUGUUUUGUCAGUGAGGAAGAAAACUAAAAUUCCACUGCGGCGGUGUUCAUCAUUGGUAAUUUUCCCUAGGAGUCCUUCCAGUACUCCCCCAGCUUCUCCCAUAACCUCAGGUCAGCUGCCACACAGAGGUGCCUAUCAGACAUCACAUAAACUAAUUAUUUCUCCUAGUGAGCCGUCGCAUAAAGAAGAUCAAACCAUUUCCAAGGGUUUCCUUUCAACAGCAGUCAAUGGACUUCGACUGUCUAAAACAGUUUGCUCUUCUGGUGAAGUUAGAGAUGUUCGACCGCUUUCCUUGAAUACAUCUUUACAGGACAAAAGUAAAAUUCUGAACAGUUCUGAACAGGCAACUUGUGAAGAAGUAGCUGGUGGCUUCUCCUGUAUUUCAGUUCAUCUGACUCAAAGAGCAUUUGCAUCAAGCAGUGAAAUGGUUAAUGGCUGUUGCAGUGCAGAGUUAAAUCUGAACUCCAGUGCAAAAUACCCUCCUUUAAAACUGGCACGUAGCACAUCUGCAUGUUUACCCUCAAAAAUAGAUUCAGAAUACCAGAUGAAUAUAAAUCAACUGGAAAGACCAAAUGCACAGACGAGCAAAACCCACCAUGUUUUGCAAAGAAGUGUUUCAUUGGAAGGAUCACGUCAAAAAGUUUCUUGCUGUUUAUCCAGUCUUAAAUACAAGUGUCAUAGUGCAAGGACGUCUCAGUUGCAUAUACAGUUCAAGCCUGGGAAUGAAGGAAAAACAAGUGGUGUUAAUAAAAGAUAUGGAACCUCUAAAAGGGAAAUAUCUAGCACUUCUUUGUGGAGGCCCCAUAAGACUCGAGAUGAUUUUCUUGGACAAGUGGAUAUUCCUCUUUAUCAGUUACCGACAGAAAAUCCAAGUAUGGAGAGACCAUAUACGUUUAGGGAUUUUGUUCUUCAUCCAAGAAGCCAUAAGUCAAGAGUUAAAGGCCACCUUAGAUUAAAAAUGACUUACCUACCUAAAAGCAAUGGAUCUGAAGAAGAAACCACAGAACAGGCUGAAGAAUUGGAGCCUGGGUGGAUUAUAUUGGACCAACCGGAUGCUGCUAACCAGCCACAACAGCAGCAGCAGGAAUCUCCUCCACUGCCUUCAGGCUGGGAAGAAAGGCAAGACAUCCUCGGCAGGACCUAUUAUGUCAAUCAUGAAUUCAGGAGAACACAGUGGAAAAGACCAACUGCUCAGGACAAUGUAGCUGUCGCAGAUAUGGGUAACAUGCAGUUGGAAGCCCAGCACGCAUUCACUCAUCGACGACAGAUAUCAGAGGAUACUGAAAAUCUAGACAACAGAGAUUCCCCUGAGAGCUGGGAAAUUAUAACUGAAGAUGAGGCAACAAUGUAUAGCAAUGAGAACCCUCAAAUACCUCUCCCACAGAAUAAUUGUGAUGUACAGACUCAUCUUGCAGAAGAGUUGAAUACCAGACUUACUACCUCUGGAAGUUCGGCUACUGGCCAAUCAACAGCCUACAUGAACCAUUCUGGCAGAAGAGGUAGUCUGCAAACAUACAGAGUUGAAGAGCAACCUGCACAUCCAGUGUUACUGCCUACUUCGUCUGGAUUACCCCCAGGCUGGGAAGAAAGACAAGAUGAAAAAGGGAGGUCAUACUAUAUAGAUCACAAUUCUAGAACUACUACUUGGAUAAAACCAGUUGUACAGGUUGCUGUGGAAGCGAGUCAGUUGUCAACUGCACAAAGUACUUCUGUAGCAAGACAACCACAAGCAACAUCAAGUGAUUUACCACAACAGUCUUCUAAUCAGCAGCCUGAAAUGGAGCAAGGUUUUCUCCCUAAGGGCUGGGAAGUUCGACAUGCACCCAAUGGGAGACCAUUCUUUAUUGACCACAACACCAAAACUACAACAUGGGAAGAUCCAAGACUGAAAAUUCCUGCUCAUCUGAGGAGAAAAACUUCCUUAGAUCCAGUAGAUCUAGGGCCAUUACCACCAGGUUGGGAAGAGAGAACUCACACAGAUGGAAGAGUAUUCUUCAUAAACCACAAUACAAAGAAAACACAAUGGGAGGAUCCUCGACUGCAGAAUGUGGCAAUAACUGGACCAGCUGUGCCUUACUCCAGAGACUAUAAGAGGAAAUAUGAGUUCUUCAGAAAGAAAUUGAAGAAACAGAGUGAUAUUCCGAACAGAUUUGAAAUGAAAAUUCAUCGCACAACAAUCCUUGAGGAUUCUUAUAGAAGAAUUAUAGCUGUAAAGAGAGCAGAUUUCCUUAAAGCAAGACUCUGGAUUGAAUUUGAUGGUGAAAAAGGUUUAGACUAUGGAGGAGUAGCCAGGGAAUGGUUCUUCCUUCUCUCUAAGGAAAUGUUUAAUCCUUAUUAUGGAUUGUUCGAAUAUUCAGCUACAGAUAACUAUACUCUGCAGAUCAACCCAAACUCUGGACUCUGCAAUGAAGAUCAUCUUUCAUAUUUCAAGUUUAUAGGUCGAGUAGCUGGAAUGGCUGUUUACCAUGGAAAACUUUUGGAUGCCUUUUUUAUUCGUCCAUUUUACAAGAUGAUGCUACAAAAACCAAUAACACUUCAUGAUAUGGAGUCUGUGGAUAGUGAAUAUUACAAUUCUCUGAGAUGGAUUCUUGAAAAUGAUCCAGCAGAGCUGGACCUUAGAUUUAUAGUUGAUGAAGAACUUUUUGGACAGACCCAUCAACAUGAACUGAAAAGUGGUGGAUCAGAAAUAGUUGUAACCAACAAGAACAAGAGAGACUAUAUUCAUCUUGUAAUACAGUGGAGAUUUGUGAGCAGAGUACAGAAACAAAUGGCAGCCUUUAAAGAGGGCUUUUUUGAACUAAUACCUCAGGAUCUGAUUAAAAUUUUUGAUGAAAAUGAGCUGGAGUUGUUAAUGUGUGGACUGGGAGAUGUGGAUGUGGCUGAUUGGAAACUACAUACAAAAUACAAAAAUGGCUACAAUGUAAACCAUCAAGUAAUACAGUGGUUCUGGAAGGCAGUCUUAAUGAUGGACUCUGAAAAGAGAAUAAGAUUACUGCAAUUUGUUACUGGCACAUCACGUGUACCUAUGAAUGGGUUUGCGGAGCUGUAUGGUUCAAAUGGACCACAAUUGUUUACAGUUGAACAGUGGGGUACCCCAGAAAAACUGCCAAGAGCUCAUACCUGCUUUAAUCGCUUGGAUUUGCCUCCUUAUGACUCCUUUGAAGAUUUAUGGGAUAAACUUCUUCUAGCGAUUGAAAAUACUCAGGGUUUUGAUGGGGUUGAUUAAGCCACAGACAAAAAUCGUAUCGGUCCAGUGCUGCAACUUCAUUUUAAGGGUUUACAAACAGAUUUGAAUUUUCCAGGGACUACCGUUGUAUUUAGCCACGUGGAUAUUAAAUCUUCAUAAUAUCAUUUGUAAAAUAAGUAUUAAAAAAACACUAACUUUCGAAAAUGCAUAUUGCCAUUUCCACAAUUUUGUGUACUUUGCUGAUAACUACAGUACAUACAUUGGAUGGGCCAGUACCAAGUAAGUCAAAAACUAAAAUGUUUUUAAGCAGUUGCCUCUUACAGUAUUUGACAGACUGUCCUGCAGUAAACUACUGAAGUAAAACUGUGAAGAAAUCUUUGCAGAGGUUGUAAAUUUGAAUUGCUGCUUUAAGAGAAACAACUGAAAUUAUUAAUCAGUUAAAAAUACACACACACUUUGUGUAAUGCAAUAUCAUCAUCUGUGCUGCUUCAGGCUGUUUGCUACAGAUCUGUCCAAAGCACCUUAUAAUUCAGCAUAUUAGGUAAAACAUUGUAAAGCAUUUAUUUGCAUCAUCAGCUAUCAGUUUGCAGAACACUGACUUGCUUACACAUUUUUUAAAAAAUUUGUUUCUAUCUUGCUUUUGUUAGAACUGUAACAAAAUCAGGACUUUUUAUAAGACACAAGCAGCAUAAGUCUGAUUUGUAAUGAGAAAUUAUAUCCUUUUUUUGUCUGAAUUUGUAUACUGUCAUUGGUUUAUUGAGUGUUCAUCACUUUUUUUGGAUAAAUUUGUAGUUCAACGGUGGAUAAUGUUUUCAAUUCAGCCUUUUUGCAACAAAUUAAUCUUAAAGCAAAAUUUUUAUGAGUAUCACAGAGUAUUAGUUACUGGUAGUUAGAGGCCUUUAUUAUCCAUUCUUGCAGUAUUGCACUACAUAACAAUAAAGAACAUGUUUACAGGGUUUUCUGGGCCAAGUUCAGCAGUCUGAUAUGUGCAAACUUCUCAGAACUGUACAGCGGUUAUGCACAUGUAACCAGGGGCAGAAUUUGGUUCUGUAAUAUGUUUACAGGUUAUGCUAGUUUCUAUAGCUGCGUUUUUAUAUUUUUUCUCCACUGUUAGUCUAGAAACCAAACUUGUUAAUACAGUAUAACCAAAGUCAUAACCAACAAUGUGCAAUUUAUUGUAGAUCAAUUUGUCAUAUAAAUAUCAGUUUGAUUUCUUUUGUAAAUGUGGACUUUUUUUGUAUUAAUUUUAACUUUUGUUUGAGCAAGUGCUGGUUAAAACGAGUUGCCAACUUGGUUCUAAAAGAAAAAAAUUAUAUACCUGUCUUGCUCUACUUUGAACAUUUUGUUACCGAUAUGAUCUGAGGAUAUGAUAGUACCUAGCUUUGGCCAGCAAAUUUCUGUUUAGUCACAGUCUUUACAAAUAUGCAAGAAGGACGUGUAGCACAUCUCUAUUAAAAAUAUGUAAAUUAUGUAACAAACAUAAUGGGUCUUACGGGAUAUUUAAAAUCCCACUUGGUUUUAUUCUUUGACUAGGUUGUUAGAGCUGAGAAUACUACGUGUAAAUAGAGGUAACUUAUACAGAUUUCCCAAAUCUAUAUGCAGUUUUGUAAAAACAUGAAUGAUAUAUCAGUAAAUCUGUAUAGAUUUGAAUGUAGCAGUAUUUGUUGCAUACUUUAAAGUAUAAAAUAAGGAUCCUGAGAGCAGUAAAUAAAAUUUUAUUCUAAUAA